AUGGCGACAAACAUGUUACUUCCGAUAGUUUCAGAAACUGAAAGAGCAGGCAAUUUUCAGAACUGCCAUGGACAAGUCGGAAAUUGGAAAGAUGUUUUGGAGAGACUUAAAGGUUUUUUUAAGGAUCAGUUGGCUUGGUUUAAAAAUCAAGGUCAUUAUGACUCACAUUAUGAGGAUGAUAGGUUAUUAUUAGUAUUUCUAGUCAUUGAAAAAGAAUUAAACAUAUUCAGGAGAACUAUAUGGAAUAAUCAUAGAAUUCGCCAUCAAAAAAUACCAGAUUACCAGAUGUACUCAUUAUCAGGAAAAGUUAUACGCGUUGGAAAGCCAAUAGAAAUUAUGAUUUCUGGUAGCAGGAAAAACUGCCAACAUGUGGCGUUAACAAAUUAA